UCAGGAUGCCUCCAUCCACCCACCUUGAUGUCUCCAAGGCCCAACCUACCUCUGCUAUUAGCGCUACCAAAGCGGGUCUGGUCGACGUUGCAGAUAACCCUCAGGAUGCUACCAAGUCAUUUCUACGCAGCCCUUUCAUGAAAGCAGCGCUUCCGUUCAUCAACGGCGGCCUCGGCGGAAUGUCGGCGACUGCCGUAAUCCAGCCCGUGGACAUGGUCAAAGUGCGCCUCCAACUCGCGGGCGAGGGCGCCAGAGGCGGACCCAAACCCACCCCUAUCACCGUCACGCGGGAACUCCUCGCUUCAGGCAAAGCUCUCGACCUAUACACGGGACUGUCCGCCGGCCUCCUUCGCCAGGCAGUCUACACGACCGCCCGCCUUGGCUUCUUCGACACGUUCAUGAACGGUGUGAACGCCCGGGCGGCGAAGGCCGACAGACAGGUCGCCUUCAAGGAACGUGCUGCUGCCGGCCUUGCCGCCGGUGGAAUAGCGGCCUUCAUUGGCAAUCCCGCCGAUCUGUCCCUGAUUCGCAUGCAAUCCGACGGCCUGAAACCCGCUGCCGAGCGCGCCAAUUACAAGUCCGUCCUUGACGCGCUAGCCCGCAUCUCGCGCAACGAAGGCAUCGGCGCCCUCUGGGCCGGCUGCAAUCCGACAGUCGUCCGUGCCAUGGCACUGAACUUCGGCCAACUAGCCUUCUUCUCCGAGGCGAAGAGCCAGCUGAAGGACACGAGUCUGUCGCCGCGGAACCAGACGCUAGCGGCGAGCGCGAUCGCUGGGUUCUUUGCCAGCUACUUCAGCCUGCCCUUCGACUUUGUGAAGACGCGGCUGCAAAAACAGACGAAGGGACCGGAUGGCACGCUGCCGUAUAAGGGGAUGUUGGAUUGUUUCACGAAGGUUACGAGGGAGGAGGGGAUCCUGAGAUUCUACCGCGGUUUCGCCACGUAUUAUGUCCGAAUCGCGCCGCAUGCGAUGGUGACGCUCAUCGUGGCCGACUACCUCAACUUUCUUACGAAAUGAUUGCUUCUCGCCGGUCCGCAGUCGAAGUCGCUCGUCGGAUAACCAUCGUAGUCGCAUUCAUCGACCGGUCUCCAGACCGUGUGUCAAGUUUCUGUUCUCUUUUCAUGCAUUUAUUAUCAGCUUAAGGCAUUUUGAAUGGGAGUACUAGGGCGCUCAUGGGAGGAUAUCCGUUCGUAUCUGGUGCACCAUGCAUUCUCCUAUUUCUCUUCCUACCUACCUACCUUAUUGACAUUCCCCUCUUGCAAGGAAGGGGUGGCAGAAGCCGGAUCGGUUGCAACUGACGAUAAUAACAUGAAAUAGCUUAUUGCUAUCCAAAAAAAUGCAUCGAGUUCAAUAGAAUUCGCA